CCAGGUUGCUGUCAGACAUUUCUGAUGUCAGAGGCGGCGCGCUUUAUAGGAGCUAUCUCCCUCUCCUGAGGGCAUCCCUGGACCGACAAGAAGCUUGUGCAUUCCAAAAACAGGGGCAGGGCAGGGCCAGGGAUUGGUGCAUUUGGCAAUACGCGCAACAAUGCAGAUUUACGGAAAACAAUGAGAGGUUUUAUAGGUGCACAGGGUGCGGUCCAUCAUCACGUCUAAACGCUCUCGCUGCAAAGAGAGAUGCAGACCGUCUGGUUAUGCAGUUGCGAGGGGUCGGGCAAACACCCUGCAACAGCAUCCAUAGAUACUCACUUCAGUCAUUGAUCUGAAACAGCUCUAACACAACGUAUCAUCUCUGGACCAAAUUACUCCUGCGCUGAUUGAAAUCGGAAUGGGAUUCCUCUUCGAGGUCUGCGUCGAUUCUGUUGAAUCGGCGCUUGAAGCACAGGCAGGUGGAGCUCACAGAAUAGAGCUAUGUGCCAACUUCAUGGAGGGGGGUACGACCCCCAGCAUAGGAAUGGUGAAGACGAUUCGUUCGCUGGCCAAGUUCCCCGUCUACAUCUUGAUCCGGCCAAGAGGAGGGGACUUCUUAUACUCAGACUACGAGUUGCAGGUUAUGCGAGAGGACAUAAAAGCCUGCGCCGCUCUGGGGGCCAACGGGAUCGUGCUGGGAGUUCUCAAUGCUGCGGGAGAGAUCGAUGUUGAACGAAUGAAGCCGUUCGUGGCCCUGUGCAAGCGGCUGGGGCUCGACAUAACCUUCCACCGAGCGUUCGACGUCUGCAGAGACCCUCUGCAAGCCCUGGAGACCCUGAUCGAGCUGGAGAUUCCCCGGGUGCUGACUUCAGGGCAGCAGACGACCGCUGCUCAGGGCGUACCCGUGUUGAAGAGCCUGGUUGAGGCCGCCCGGGGGAGAAUCAAGGUCAUGGCCGGAGCUGGCGUGUCCGAGGCGAACGCUGCGGACAUCGUGCGGCGCGCGGGCGUCCGUGAGCUGCACGGCAGUGCGCGCGUGGCGAUGCGCAGCAGGAUGAAGUUCCUCAACCCCGAGGUGUCCUUCGACCGCUGCACCAGUUCAGUCAUGCCCGGGGACCAGGAAUGGAUGGUAACGGACCGGGCCAAGGUAGCGGGGAUACUGCGAGUUGCUGGGGAAGCCUUCUCUCAGCUGGAGGAUUAGAAGAAUUGUUGCGCAGAACCGCGAUGGAGGACUGAGAGACAGUGACCCGGUCAUGGCGGCAGACAUUCUCGUUUACUUGAGCCGCAGGUCUCUUCCACCGUGGAAGCCCCAUUGCUUCGAAUGGGGCUUCCACAUAGAGCAGUUUUGCACGCAUGUGCGUUCAGAGCUUAUGGUGGUAAUGCGGACGUGGGAAGCCUGUAAUUCUUUAGGCGAAGUUAGCGACGCCGACGCUCAAAGAUUUCAAGACGUCACAAUUGUUUCUAGAGCCUGUUUCUGUUUGUACGUUUUAAGCUUUCAGAGUGUUACAGCUACAGAUGUCAAAGCCGAAUUUGAGGACCUACCCGGUGGUGCAACUGGCGCGAAUUAGCCGUUAGCCUUAAAUCGUCUUUAAACGACGAAUUGCAUCGCAAGAUAUCCAGUUAUUAAAAUAUAUCGACUCAGCUUCCAAUGUUGUCCAUUCUUGUUGGUUUAACCUUGCGUGUGACGUACCAAGCUCGUCACAACUUUCCGGCCGGAUAUCU